AUGCAGAUGCAGAUGCAUCAUGGUCCGCCGGGACCUGCGCGGGCCCCUGUCCCGCAGCAGUCUUUUUCCUCGUCGCGCCAGACCCUCCUUCAACAGACCGAAGCGGUCUGGAUCCAACUAGGUAACCUCGCCGAGCAGAUGGGAAACCUGGAUGAUGCGAUGGCCUCGUACGAGCGCGCCCUUCGAACUAACCCCAACUCGAUUCCGGCCAUGAGCGCGAUGAGCUCGGUUCUGAGGACCCGCGAGGACUUCCCCAAGGCUGCCGAGUAUCUGAAUGCUAUUCUGAAGCUGGAUGAACGAAAUGGAGAAGCAUGGGGCUGUCUUGGACAUUGUUACUUGAUGAUGGACGACUUGCAGCAAGCCUACAACGCGUACCAAACUGCCUUGGUCCACCUUCCGAACCCUAAGGAACCCCGGCUAUGGUACGGCAUUGGCAUCCUCUACGACCGCUAUGGUUCGCUGGACCAUGCCGAAGACGCGUUCGCGCAAGUCAUGAAGAUGCAGCCAGACUUUGACAAGGCCCACGAGAUUUAUUUCCGCCUUGGCAUUAUCUACAAACAGCAACAAAAGUACAACGAGUCGCUUGAGUGUUUCAAGUACAUCGUAAACUCACCCCCGCCGCCGCUCACGGAGGAGGACAUCUGGUUUCAGAUUGGGCACGUUCACGAGCAGCAGAAAGACUUCGAAAACGCCAAGAUUGCUUACCACAAGGUCCUCGAACGUGAUCCCAACCAUGCCAAAGUCCUCCAGCAGCUUGGGUGGCUUCACCAUACGCAGAGUCAGCAUUAUGACAGCCAGGAGCGUGCCAUUGAGUAUCUGGAGAAGUCGGUCGCAGCUGAUAACUCGGAUGCGCAGAGCUGGUAUCUGCUCGGCCGUUGCUACAUGCAGAUGCAAAAGUACCCCAAGGCAUACGAAGCGUACCAACAAGCCGUUUAUCGCGAUGGCCGGAAUCCCACGUUCUGGUGCUCGAUCGGCGUGCUGUACUACCAAAUCAACCAGUACCGCGAUGCGCUUGAUGCCUACUCGCGCGCGAUCCGUCUCAACCCCUAUAUAUCGGAGGUUUGGUACGAUCUGGGCACCUUGUACGAAUCCUGCAACAACCAAAUUGCGGAUGCCCUCGAUGCGUACCAGCGCGCUGCCGACCUCGACCCUACGAACCCCCACAUCAAGACCCGACUCCAGCUGCUCCGUAGCGGGCAGACUGGUGGCGCCGCGCCGGGACCUACAGAUGUUCAUCCUCAGGCUUACCAGGCUCCGGGCGCUGUUGGCCCUCCGGGGCCACAGUGGGCUGGCUCGGGCUCUGGUGCGCCGCAGGCGCCGCCGCCGCAGCCGCAGCAGCCGAUGCUCAAUGGCAGCGCUCAAGGUCCCGCCGGGCCGAACUCGUGGUCGGGUAGGAUUUCAGACAUCAACCCUCCCCCUCAGCCACGGAACCCCUAUGCAUCCGAGCGCGAGCUCUUUCGCGGGCAAGCCGGUCCCGGACAACGGCCCCCGAGCCCCCAACCGGAGCAGCAAAUGAGGCCGUACCAAGACGCAAACCGGAUGCCCGAGCAGCUUCGACGAGGUCCUUCGCCACCGCCUCCGGGCCAUUAUGCAGCUCCCCCGCCGCCCCCGCCGCCGCAGCAAACCCAACAGCCACCCCAGGGGUCCCAACCUCCGCGUGUCAGGAACCCGAACUAUGGAGGUCACACCCCGGUCGCGGUGCUGCAGCCUAGCUCUGGCCCUAGCCCGAGUGGAGCUGCAUCGAAUCCUUUGAUGCCGUAUCGCGCUGGUAGUCCUCGGAAUGAUGGCCGGCAGCCCAUGCACGAGAAUCGUAUGCCCUCGCCCAAGUCGGCCUAUCCGCAACACCCGCCAUACCAGGCCCACCCUGACCAGGCUGGGCCUCACGGUCCCGAGCCUGGUGCGCCUGUUCCUCCGCAGCCCGGAAUGGCUUCCGAUGGUCCCCAUCACCGCGAGCACGACCAUCGCCCGCCUUCGGUUGGCCCAAAGAGAAUGCGCGAGUGGGAGGAUGAGCGAGAGGCGAAGAAGCCCUCGACCGAGGAAAGCCGAGCGCGUAUGGAGGAUAUUCGCCAUCGCCGCCCUUCGACGUCGCCCCGCGUUGAGCCGUACCGUCGUAACUCGUCGGAGGCUCGGCGUUUCGAUGAGCGGCGUAUGGAGGAUGCAAGGCGCGCUGAGGAGCAACGCCGUGUUGAUGAGAUGCGUCGGGCCGAUGAACAGCGCCAUAACAACGAGGCCUACCAUCCUUCGGAGGCCGCCCACCACCCGCCAACUCACUCAACCGCUGGCCACUUGCCGCCCAUGCAGCAAGGUCCAUCCGCAAUGCAGGGCCUCAUGCAUGAGGGACCCGGGGCUCAGGCUGGACCCGCGAAGAAGGAAUACCAGUCGGGUCCUGAGGAGAGACGAUUGGAACACCCUCCGGCUGCUUCCUCCAUCGUCGGCGAACCCGAAAGAGCCGCCCGCGCCAUGGAAGUGGAUGAGAACUACGACGACAGCGGUGAGGAGGACAAGAAAACGGGCAUAGUCCCGGGCCCCUCUUCGAGCUCGGGUGCCACGGCAACCGCCGAGGUUAAAAAUGGGCCGUCUGCAACCGCGAACAUGAACGGUAACUAA